UGUGGCCACCUGACCGCUGACGUCCAGGUCUUCCCCAGGCCAGAGCCAUUCAUUGUAGAUGAAGAAAUCGAUCCUAUCCCAAAAGUCAUUAACACAGUGUGCCAAUGAGUCAGGCCUGACCCUGAAUGUGCCAUGCAAUAUAUGGAGCCCAGAGGCAGGCCUGCUGGACAUGUUGGUGAUGAACCUGGUCCCUGCCUACCAGAAAGGCGAUCUCUUCUAUGUUGGAAACUUUCUCCACAAUUAUAGACAGUGGGGGACAAUGGAGCAAGUGCUGGCUAUUGUGUUUAAAAAGUACAGAUUCCCGGGCCGUAACUUCGAGGAAGAUGAACAAGUAAAGAACAGCCUUUGUUCCAUCUUCACCAUGUGGAUGGACUGCUACCCUGCAGAUUUCCGAGAGCCCCAGAACCGACACCCGGUGAAAGAACUGACCCACUAUGCCAUGCUCCACAUGCCCUCCUCAGAUCUGGUCCUCAAUCUGCACGUUCAUCUGGAUGACCUGGAGGAGACCAGGAAGAAUGAGACCAAGAAACAGAGGAAGAAGUCCCUGUGUGGUCACCUCAGAGCUUGCUUUGGCCGCCAUAGAGCAGCUUCUCCUGACCUCCCAAGAAAGAAGCCCUCGGUGAUGUCAAGGAUGGUGCUGGAUGGAGAUCUGGAGCCAUCACUGGACUCCACAAAGCAUGUGCAUGUAGAGGGGUUGCAUGCAUUUGCAGUGAGGCCCCAAAAGGUUGUGAGUCCUGUGGAUAAGACAAUGGUUCUGAACCCCACAUGUGACAGAGCUGAACUUGUAGGGACCCGAAAGAAAGAAGAAAGUAAUAGUGAUUGUCUUCCUCUGACUUUCACAGGCAGCCCAGAUCAGCUCAAAAAGGGUCAAAUCAGCACUCCUCCUGGCAUGCUGGAGGGAGUAGCACACGUGGGGCUGAUGGAAAAUGUCCCCAGUCUGUGCUCAGGGGAACCAAUAAGUGAGGUCCCAAAGUUAGAUGCAGCUCAGGAAAGUGAAUCUGUCCUCAAAAUAUAUCUGGAUAAAUCAGUCCUGCUGCAGCAGAACCAAUCUCCAACAGAGAAAUUAGAAUCUGCCUCUCCUGCAAUUGCAGGAGCAACUCCAAUCAUUCAUGAGGAGAGCUGCACACUUCGAAUCAAUCAGAGCAACUGGGAAGACAGAAAUGAAGAACUUGAAAUUGAAUGCCAGCCGGAGGCCAAAACUCAACAGUUGGUCUGA